UUUAAACCCUCAGCGCCUUCUAACCGAAUCACACGAUUCGCCACUCGUCGUUACUCACCUCCAAAACCCUCGCACAUUCUCUGACCCGCGUCUCCGGACGACCUGCAAGCUCCAAGCAUAUCGAAAAUGGCGUCUUCACUCGCUCUCUGGAGUGUCGCCGCCUCCUCCGGGGCCUUGUACAGGCUGAUUAAUCCGCUCCGCACGGCCUCCGUCGCCCCUAACGUGGCCUUCUACAGGCCGACCAAUCCGCUCCGCGCGGCCUUCGUCGCCCCUAACGUGACUCGGUCCUUCAACACCAGCUCUGAGAUGAGGCUCUCCGACGACGACGAGAGCGACGUCCAAGUCGACGUCGAGCGCAGCUUCGAUAGUCCCCUCCGCUCCUUGGCGUGUGGUUUGUACAAAGGUAUUGUGUCGUCUCUGUCAUUUUCUGAUGUUUACGAUCGCCGUGCGUUGCGAUGAUGGGGUCGUCUGGUGGUUGAUUGUCAUCCUGUUUCCGUUAUCAUGGGUAAGUGGAUGUCGUUUCUCAACCUGCUUAUGACGGUUCUGUUUCGGUUCAUUAGGAAUUUUGCUUCGAUAGCGGGCCAUCUCGCUGUACCGAUGACAUUUUUGCUCUAUCCCGGUAGAAGUUACGAAUGCAAUGAUCAGCAUUUGAGGAAUGCUUGUUUAGAAUGGAUUCUGGCUGCUUCUCUUAGAUAUAUAAUCCUGGUUAAUUAGUGCGUCGGACCUG